UUUCCGGUUCAAGUCUCCUCGGACCUGGCCGGACAUGGAGGACCUGGACACCGCCGCCAUCCUGCCCGCGGACGACCCGGACGCCACGUCGCGCGUCCCGGAGGACGCGGGGGAAGCCGGGAGCGGGAGCGGCUGCUGCGGAGGCGCGCGGCCGCCGCUGAGGUGCUGCCGGUCGCGGUGGCUGACGGUGGAACCGGUGCUGCUGCUCUCCACCUUCUCCUCCACCAUGCAGAUCCCGCUCACCUCCCAGUACCUGUGGGAGCGCAUCAGCGAGGACCUGGGCUACAACGGCUCCAAGCAGUCCGGGUGCAGCAACGGCUCCGUGCCCCCGGACCCCCUGGAGGAGCAGGUGCAAAUCUUGACGGCCAGGUGGAACCUGUACCUCAGUCUGGCAGUCUUCUCUUUUGGCCUGUUGACCGUCCCUCUCAUGGGGUCGUGGAGCGACCUUGCCGGCCGCAAGUCGGUCCUCAUCCUCACCAACCUGGGCAUGGCCGUGCAGACGCUGGUGUACCUGCUGGUGAUGUACCUCAAGCUGCCCGUGGCCUACUUCCUGCUGGGCAAGGCGCUCAGCGGCCUGACCGGAGACUUCACGGCUCUCCUGGCCGGCUGCUUCUCAUACGUGGCUGACAUCAGUGACAAGAAGUCCCGGACCUUCAGGGUGGCGAUCCUGGAGGCUUGUCUGGGUUUGGCAGGGAUCGUGGCCAACAUUAUUGGAGGGAAAUGGCUGCAGGCACAGGGUUACAUCAACCCUUUUUUGCUGGCACUGUCCACCAGCUUGGCCGCGGCGCUGUACACCUACCUGUUUGUGCAUGAGUCCAUCAGAACCGACCCGAGCGCCAAGCUGUUCACAACACGCCACCACAAGGCGGUCUGGCUCCUCUACCGGACGGGGGGCUGCAGCGCCAUGGCCGCCGAGAGACUCCACAGAUGCAAGCUGUGGCUUUACACGCUGUGCUUCUUCAUCACGGUGGGCGUUCACUUCGGCAUCCGAGACGUGCACGUGCUGUACGUGCUGAGCUCGCCGCUGUGCUGGGGGCCGUACCUCAUCGGCAUUGCAGCGGCGACUCAAUACCUGUCCUUCCUGACCAGCCUGCUGGGCCUGAAGGUCCUGCAGUGCUGCCUGCAGGAGGCCUGGGUGGCCGUCCUGGGUCUGGCCUCCAGCAUCGCCGGAGAGGUCGUCAUCGCGUUCGCCAGCACCACCCAGCUCAUGUUUACAGCGUACGGCCUGAGUUUCCUCUCCAUGGCGGUGUCGCCCGUGAUCAGAUCGAAGCUGUCCAACCUGGUGGACCCGUCGGAGCAAGGUGCCCUGUUUGCCUGUGUAGCCUGUGUGGAGAGCUUGUGCUUCCUGGUGGGCAGUUCGGUGUUUAACUCCCUCUACGCCGCCACGCUGGAGUUCAUGAAGGGCUUCGCGUUUCUCUUCGCCGCCGUCGUUCUCCUCUUCCCUGCUGCGAUCAUCGGGACCCUGCAGUGUAUAGACCAGAGGAGGAACCGCAGAGACUCCACAGUAUCCUGAUCUGACUGGAAGAGGACGGCAGGAGUCUGACAGGACGACCUCUUCACUGCCAGGUUUUAUUCCAGGAUUCAACAAAGACAUUAAAUCCAGCAGACCGAUGAAGACCAACCUCCUGACAGACGUCACUGCUGUCUCAGAUUAUGGACAAUUUCACAACAACAAUUUCAUGAAGCCUUCAUGAAGGCCUUCGUUCAGAUGAACAUGAUUCAACAUUAAGCUUAAUAAUGUGAUUAGCACAUUUCCAGUACAGCAUUAAUGCCAAAAACGUGCCUUACAUUUAUGCUCCAGUUAAAUGAAAAGACUUUUUUUUUGCUGAUUUCUCCCCCUCGUGUUUAUGGGCAUAAAGUUCAGUUAUCUCUGAACAUGUGACCAAUAGCUGUUAAGUAACUAAUUCACUGCAAAGUUCCUACUUUUCCUCAUGUUAAGCAGUGUUAUUCAUUGAUUCUCCAUGUUUCAAAAAAAAAAUGCACAUGCACCGACUGCAGAGCUGUAAAACUGACUGUGAGGAGGAAGAAAAUUAAUUUAAACCACGCUCUUCACAAACAAGCACUUUACACAAUAUUCUUAACAAAAUCUAAAUACAAUUUUAGAUGAGUAAACUAUAUGGGAAGCUCUUCGCUUUCCACUUUUUGUUUUUACUGAAACAAACUUAUCAGUUAAAAUAUUAUCCGAUACAGAUCAAUUUUCUGUCUUCAUCGUCAUUAUUAGGUCUGUUUGUUCAGUUUGGAGGUUUUAUCUGAAAAGGGAGAUAAAGUGCAGGCCUAAACAGUCUGAGGAUAAAAUGUGUGAGAGUGUAAAGUCUUUUCAAAUAAUAAAAUCAUAAGAGCCGAGAGAUGUGAGGAAGUUGUCAAGCUGUCAGUAAUGUUAUAUACAAAUACGUCUCAAGAAAUUAGAACACAGUGGAAAAGUUUGGGUGUUUAUUUUCCCAAAUUCUAUUAAGAAAUGUGAUCCUAAAAUGUCAUUUUAUGACUUUAUUCUUUCAUGUUUAUCUUAAAUCUUCUUCAAAAAUACAGUAUUUUAUAAUAUACUAUUUCAUAUGAUGAGGUGUUUAAAUUCAUUUUAAGCCAGAGGACAUAAUUUCCAAGGCAACAAUGAAAAAAAUGGUUGAAAUUUUCAAGUGUGUUUAGGUAAAAACACAACUGACAAAACACUUUUCGGUGUAGUUUUUCUCUGUAGAAGUGAUUUAAAAAUGAUUAUUAAAACUGAGGUCACACAAAAAUAUCAUGAUUUCGGGUUGUGAGCAGAAAUGUCCCAAUGCAGCGCAGCACAAACUGCAGCAGUAGCUGUAGAUCCCCCACCCUCCGCCCCCCUCCACCCCCCUCCACCCCCAUCCACACUGGAUAGUCCCAGUGAGGGGCUCGUGGCCCACAUGCACAGCCGGGUCACGUCCAGCGAGGGAACACAAGCCGCCGCGUCGGCUUCAAAAUGCACAAAGGGAAGUUAGCGGGUUAAGUGAAGUAUGAAGUGAGCUGCUAUGAAUUGAUCGCUGUAAACAUCGCUGCAGACCGAGCUGCAGUUUGAGCGGAUCAUGUGAUCGAAGCCAUUUUUCUGUGGAGUUGUGUGAGAAUAUCGAGAACUGAUUUCUCCAGAAGACAUCUGGAUGAUUUCGUGUUGUUGAUAUACAAUAUAUCUUUGCAUUUGUUUCUGUAAGUGGAGCGUUUUUAUUUUCUGAUUUGAAUAAAAAAAAAAGAUUUGCA